AUGAACAGCCAUAGCUUCUUGUCCAUUGAUGGAGGAAACAUAACUCCAUUCUCAAGAUCCUCUGCCUUUUGCAAUUUAUCUUCAUCUUCAAGCUCUGAGACUCAGAAACAUCUCGGUACUACUCUUCCAUUUCUUCCAAAUCCUUUGAUUGAAAGAUCUCCAACGAGUUUCAGUGAAGACCUUUUGAGCAAUCUAUACAAUGGAGAAGAAGAAAGCUCCUUGAUUACUCUCUCUGGUGAUGUUUGUUCUGAUGGUGGAAUUUUUCAAGAUCUUAAUGAAAACUUUUCCUUAUCAGACCAAAUGGAGUUUCAGUUCUUGUCUGAUGAGCUUGAGUUAGCAAUCACAGACAGUGUAGAAACGCCUCGGCUUGAUGAGAUUUACCAAGUGACUGAAUCUAGUCCUGACCGAAACUGUGUUCCUGAAGCAGUUUGGUCUCAACCUUCUCAAGGAUCUGAAGUGAACCACAAACCAAGAAUGAGAUGGAGUCCUGAGCUACAUGAGUGUUUUCUUGAGGCUGUGAAGAAGCUUGAAGGGCCUGAAAAGGCAACUCCUAAGGCUGUUAUGAAGCUGAUGAAUGUUGAAGGUUUAACAAUAUAUCAAGUGAAAAGUCACUUGCAGAAGUAUAGACUAGCCAAGUAUAUGCCCGAGAGAAAAGAAGAGAAGCAGAAACCAGCUUCGAAUACUAGUGAAGUAGAUGGUAGAAAGAAUGGAGCGAUACAGUUAACCGAGGCGCUACGAAUGCAGAUGGAAGUACAGAAACAAUUGCACCAACAGCUCGAGGUACAAAGAUCGCUUCAGCUACGGAUAGAAGAGCACGCGAAAUACUUGGAGAAGAUUUUGGAUGAACAACGGAAAGCCACCUCCGAACAAGAAUCUCAGCUUCCAUCAUCACCUGCAAAGAAGAGAUCUUCUGAAGCUAACGACGACGAAUGUGAAACUUCCCCGAAACAUCCCAGGCUUGAAACUUGA